CUCAUAGACUGUUCGGUUCUCUUUUCCUGUGUUACCGCCCUUGGGCUGAGUGAGCAAUCAAGCACAGAAGAUAUCGCCUUGGGAAGACUGGUGCUAUUUGGACAUUCCCUAGAACGGUCCCAUCAGCCUCAGGUAACGUCUUCCUGGUUUGGAGCAGUAAUCCCAGAGAAGGAGCACUGUGGCUGUGGUCUGGUGUUCGGUGUUGCUUAGCAAGCUAUAGCUAGUACCAUGGCGUUGUCGUACAAGAAGGAUCUGGAUAAAUACAAGGAUCUGGAUGAAGAUGAAAUCCUCAACAAACUGUCGGCAGAGGAGCUUAAGCAGCUGGAGACGGCACUCGAGGAGAUGGACCCUGAGAAUGCUCUUCUCCCAGCGGGUUUACGUCAAAAAGACCAGACGGAUAAGAAAACUACAGGACCGUUCGACAGAGAGCGUCUGCUCAAAUACCUGGAGAAGGAAGCCAUGGAGUACAAGGACAGAGAGGAUGUAGUGCCUUUCACUGGAGAGAAAAAAGGUAAAGUAUUUGUUCCUAAGCAAAAGCCAAUAGAAAUGCAUAAGGAGGAAGUCACGACCCUUGAUCCAGAAUUGGAGGAAGCUCUGUCCAGUGCCACAGAUACAGAGCUGUGUGAUCUUGCAGCGAUCCUUGGUGUUCACACACUGGUUACCAGUAGUCAGACGUAUGAUGGAACUGGAAGUAAAGAGACAUACAACAAUGUGGUCAAAGGGGAGAAGAUGAACCCAGUAUUUGAUGAGCCCCCCAAUCCCACUAACGUAGAAGAAACUCUGCAGAGGGUGAAAAACAAUGACAGCACCUUAACAGAGGUCAACCUCAACAACAUUAAGAACAUUCCGAUUCCCACGCUGAAGGACUUUGCCAAAGCCAUGGAGAAGAACACGCAUGUCAAGAAAUUCAGCCUUGCAGCCACGCGGAGUAACGACCCAGUUGCUGCGGCGUUCAGCGACAUGCUACGGGCAAACAAAACAUUGCGAAGUUUGAAUUUGGAGUCCAACUUCAUCACCGGGGCAGGAGUGCAGGCUUUGGUUGAUGCAUUGCGAGACAAUGACACACUCACAGAAGUCAAGAUAGACAACCAGAGACAACAGCUGGGGACUACUGUAGAGAUGGAGAUCGCUAAAAUGUUGGAAGAGAACAAGAGCAUAGUGAAAUUUGGCUACCACUUCACCCAGCAAGGACCCCGAUCCAGAGCUGCCGCAGCUAUCACCAAGAACAACGACCUGGUCCGCAGGAAGCGAGUGGAAGGGGAUCUGUAGAGGCAGCGCGCCACCCGUCUCCCAGCCAAUCCUGUUUUUCAUCUCAUUGUGGAAUAAUUUCAGCCAAUGCCCUGGUCUUUCUCAUCUCACUGUGUGGAAACUUUAGUCUUGUGCCAAACUGCGGGGCAAGGCAAGCUAAACCAGAACAUACAUCUGAGAAGAAGGGAAAUAACUGGAACUGCCCUCUCCCGUACACAUGUUCAUGCUUAUGUUUAUUAUGUUGUUAUUGAAGGUGUAAAUCUUAGUUUUUAGUCAUUCAUUUCAGCUGCUCCUUGUUUUUUCUUUUUUUUUUUUUGAGCCUUUAUAUUAUCUGUCCUUACUUUUUAACUGCUUUGUUUUCCUUUUAUACAAUUCUGCAAUUAUUUGAGCUAAUCAUGAACAUUACCAAGUAACGGCAACGUCAAUAACAGCUCUAUAAAGACAGUAACUAACACCUAGAAACCUUUGUGUCCUGAUAGUUUGCUAUUGAGGCUAAAGCUUCUUGUGGAGUUCCUGUAUUGAAAAAAGCACUUAUUAGAACAAUGGGGAGAGCUUUGAAGUUUCUUGAUGACUUUAGCUUCAGGAGGUGAUGUCAUCCAAGGCUUGGCCAAUCUACUAGAGACACAGUGGUUAUUACUUAGAGAUGACUAUCAGACUGCUGGCCACACCUGACUGUACAGCUGCCUGUCAGCAUUGUGUAAACAAGCAAUGUUGUGCAGCAUAGUUCAGUCAUGGCUCUUGGUAACACUUUACAUGAGCAGUUGUUGGUUAUUACAGCUGUCUUGUAAAGCCAGAAUUACUGCUGAGCUGGUGUGUGGUGUGCACACCAGGUCUGUCAGCCAGUGCUGGUAUUGUACUAUCAGACCAAGUCACAGACUGUAAUAUCAAAGAUGGAUAUAGUCACUGCAACAUCACCCAUUGUUUUAUGAAGUCUUGAAGUCUCGUGUUUUGAAACCCAAUGUGAUGCACGCUCAUGCCGCAACAUAAAGGAAGUCCCGCCCUAAGUCGCAUCCUACUUUUAUCAUUCUUUUUGAUGCUAGUGAGAACCAUAACUUAAAAAAUAUACAUUGUUUUUUUAUUAAAUAAGACUCUAAGUAGCAAUUGAGGCCAUAAGCUUCAGCUCAAAUAGGCAGCAGGGUCACUUAUAGACUUCUAUAGACUUCUAUACAUAGACUUCUAUACAAUCAGUCGUGUUUUUGAGAACGGAAGAGUUGCCCCCUGCUGGCCAUUAGAAAGUAUGCAGGUUUGAGGCACUUUCUCUUUGGCUUCGAUAUGUCCAUCUUUCAUGUUCAGUCUGUGGUUUGACUUGAAACAUCCUACAGUGGCUGUUGGUUCGCUCCUCAUGUAUAAUACAUACUUUAUUUAUCAGUAUGAUAUUGCUUUACUGUCAUAUUCUAAGAUCUUGUUUUGAUACGGUUCAAUUUCUGUUGCUAGUUUUUUUUUUUGUGUUCACUUUAUUCUCUUGACAGGAAACUAUAACUGUUUUGAUAUUUUGGAACAAGCAAAGCUACGGUUGCACUGUAAAAGGACCAUGAUAUUAUUGCCAGUCAUGGCCACAAAGGCCUUGAUCUGCUCCUACAAAUGUCUGCUUAAUAUACUUGGUUUCACUGAUGCUUAACCAUGCCAAAGACUAACACAUGCAGUGCUUAAAGUAUCAAUAGUAGACUUAAUGGUUACUGGCUCAGGUUUGGCUUUGUCACAAAUCUGGCAAAUGGAGUCUGUCAGUUCACAGUAACCUAUAAAUUUUUUGCAUCAUACAUCCAUUGUUUUUCACUUUAUGUGGGAUGUUCAUAGCAGCAUCUUCAUCAAGUAGUCCAGUGAAGUGCGAGGAAGGUAUAGCAAAUGGUUUGUAUGAAACUUUCUAGUUGUAGUCCUCAGGUUGACUGCUUGUGAAAUGUUUCUCUGAUCUGCGUCUCCUCGAUGGCUCUCAAUUUUAACUUUUCACUCAAACUUCCACGCUCUCAGCAGUAACAGAUGUCAUUUAUUAAAUAUUAGAUGACAAUGUGCUGCGUGUGCAACAAGUAGACUUUCUUUAGCUUGAGAUGGUUAUAACAGGACUAAUUCAGGAGUUACUUGAAACUUGUAUAUACUGUUUAUGUGUAAUAGGAACAAUAUGCUGGCAUGAAGUCAUCACCUGUGAACAUCAUGUUUCUAUUGACCAAAAAUGUUCUUUCAUCAGCCUCACAUUCUUCGGACAACAGCUGUUCUUUGGGUUUUUAUAUCCGUGCACUUUUUCCAUGAGCAUAUCUACUUUGUUUUGUUUUUUUACAACUUUUUUUUUUGUUUUUUUUUCUGGCAGACACUCUGCUAUAGGAGAAAACUGCUUCUUUGCUUGAACUUGUUAAUAAUACUUUGAUUCAUAAUAGCUAUAUUAAUUAUAUUAAAAAAAUGCCAUCUCAAAUUCAAAGCGUGCACAUACCCAUAAUGUAAUAUGUGCACCACUUGAACCUUCACAAGUCACUGCUGAGAUUUUUUUUUGUACCUUAAAUCAAAACCCAGGUGUUAACACAAGGAUUAUGUAUUAUAGUAAAACCACAAGACUGGUAAAACGCACUGCUGAAUAUAAAACAAC